AAAAAUUAAGGUCAUUUAAGUCAUAAAUUAAAGAUGGCGUACGUCAAGAAACGUUUCAGUUCUCCUAAGGAGAAACUAAUUUGUAAAGUGUAAAAGGUAUUGAAUACUUUUGCAGGAUGAGUUCCAGAAGGUGGUUUUGGCCUACCAUUGGUGGGCUUGAGGCUGAAAGACUGCUAAUGGAAAGGGGGGUUGAUUGCAGCUUUUUAGCCAGACCAAGUUCAACUAAAAACGGCGAUUUCACCCUCUCAGUAAGGCGAAAUGGUCAAGUUACUCAUAUUAAAAUACAGAACUCUGGAGACUUCUAUGACUUGUAUGGAGGUGAAAAAUUUGCUACAUUAUCAGAAUUAGUCCAGUACUACAUGGAAAACCAUGGGCAGUUAAAAGAAAAGAAUGGAGAGAUAAUUGAACUGAAGUAUCCUUUAAAUUGCGAAGAUCCUACUACAGAAAGAUGGUUCCAUGGACAUUUAUCGGGAAAGGAAGCUGAAAAAUUGAUCUUGGAACGGGGCAAGAACGGUAGUUUUUUGGUUCGCGAAAGUCAGUCAAAACCAGGCGAUUUCGUCCUGUCUGUCAGGACAGAUGAUAGAGUUACUCACGUGAUGAUUAGAUGUACGCCGGAUAACAAAUACGAUGUUGGAGGCGGUGAAAAGUUUGAUAGUUUAGCAGAUCUCAUUGAACAUUAUAAAAAGAAUCCAAUGGUGGAGACUUCUGGUACCGUGGUACAUUUAAAGCAGCCUUUUAAUGCUACUAGAAUAAGUGCUUCGGGUAUUCACAGUAGAGUUAAGCAAUUGCAGAAAGAAAAUGGUGCUAACAGUGUCGGUAAAGCGGGUUUUUGGGAAGAAUUCGAAUCUUUACAACAACAAGAAUUUAAACACUUGUACUCCAGGAAAGAAGGAAUCAAAAUAGAAAAUAGGAAUAAAAAUAGAUAUAAGAACAUUUUGCCAUUUGAUCACACUAGAGUGAAAUUAAUGGAUGCUGAUCCAAAUGUUCCUGGAUCAGAUUACAUUAACGCCAAUUAUAUUAAGUGGGAUGAAAAUGUGGCGAGUCCUGAUUUACCAGGAGACCCAAGUGGGAAAGUUUAUAUUGCCACUCAAGGCUGUUUGCCAUCAACGGUAGCUGAUUUUUGGAAAAUGGUUUGGCAAGAAAAUUGUCGAGUUAUUGUUAUGACAACCAAAGAAAUAGAAAGAGGAAAGAAUAAAUGUGCAAGAUACUGGCCAGAACCGGGGACCACCAAGGAAUAUGGGAAAACUAAAGUCAAAAAUAUAAAUGAGUCAUCAACCGCACAUUAUACAUUGAGGGAGCUGUCAGUUAGUAUGGAUGAUUCUUCAGAAGAAAGAAAAGUUUUUCAAUAUCAUUUUCAGGCUUGGCCAGAUCACGGGGUCCCAUCCGAUCCGGGCUGUGUGUUAAAUUUCCUUCAUGAGGUAAACAUAAAGCAGGAGUCUUUGGUUCAAGAACUUCCUGAGGAUAAAGCACCAGGAGCUAUUUUGGUGCACUGUUCAGCUGGAAUCGGACGGACUGGGACUUUUAUAGUUAUAGACAUGAUAUUGGACCAAAUACAAAAACAUGGCUUAGACUGUGAAAUUGAUAUUCAACGUACCAUACAAAUGGUUAGAUCUCAGCGUUCUGGAAUGGUACAAACAGAAGCGCAAUAUAAGUUUGUUUAUUUGGCUGUGCAACAUCACAUUGAAACUACCACAGAAAGAAUUAAGGCUGAACAGAAAUCGUUACAAGUUGGACGAGAGUACACCAACAUAAAAUACAGCGGAGAGAGUGUUAACAGUUUGGUGAAUAGUGCUGUGUCUCCAACUUUAAGUAUAGGAAGUACCAUGUCUUUGAAUAGAUCCACCAUAAGUCUACCCUAUGCUCAGUCACCUACCACGCCCGUUCCUUUAAGAAAUGAUGUUAAAAGGCAUCCCAGAGCAGUGUCUGAAAUACAAUUACCAAGGCCUCCGGAAGACCUACCUCGGCCUACGAUUUACGAAAACAUUCCUGUUAAAGAACGAAAAUUGUCGUGCAGUUCCACAACCAACAGUUCUAAUAAUUUGUCCUCUUGCGUAGCACCGCCUCCACCACCCAGGAAAACAUGACGUAAAAGCUUUUAUCUACAUUUGAGAGAGUAGAAGACGCGCGCGUUUUAUAAGGAAUAUAAACGACAUUGAAAGGAUCUGCAAAGAGGUGUUUUGUGCUUUACUGCUUCCAUAUAUAUAUAUAUGUUUUAAUUAAAAAACAAGAGAAAUAUAGAUCCAGAAAACAAAUUCAUGUAGAUUUUGGUUGUAGUAUAAAAAAGAGAACUAUUCAAGUAAUGAAAACCCAUAAGUUAGUGUAUGCGUAACGACUGAUGUAAAAUGAGCUUUGUGAAUAUAUCACGCAUUAUGAUAUUGUUUUUAUGGUGAUUUUGAUGGUGUACAUUUCAUUUUGCUGCCAGUAUAAGUUACAGUACAGACAUAGAUUUUAUUACUUUAAGUAAUUUUAAGUUGGAAAAAGAAAAUUCGCUGUUAAGUAAAAUGCAUGUUUAUAUUAAUAUACCAGGUGAACAAGUGCAUAUACUAAAUUUACGAAAAUUA